UGCAUCCCCGUCAACAUCAGAGCGCUGCAAGAGCGUGAGCGAGUGCGGCUACUUUUGGCUGCCAGUCAGUAUUUAGGCGUCAGCAUCGGAAGCCGCCCGGAAACAGGGUCUCACCAUGGACUAGCACACCAGAACGGCAAGCGGCCUGGCUCAUUCAGCCCGAUAGCACCCUAG